AUGGCCGUGGAAUCUUUGUCUUGUCCGGCUCACACAGGCACCGAGGAGCACCAACACGAAGCCAUGGCGUGUCCAGUGCCAAAAGAAGAGAAAAAUUACCGUUUACAGUCAGAUGUAAAAGAGGACAUUGAUCACUCGAGUUUACUCGCUAUCCCAUCGCCACCGCAUCAGCACUACUUUGGUCUGCUGGGGCACGCCCCCGACUUGGACUCCGUUCUCCCAGUACGGACCUACUGGAUGCUCAUGGAUCAGUAUGCGCCAAUCUUCCAGCUCGAUCUUAACAUGCCCUUCCCACGCGUCUUUGUGGGUAGUCGGGAGCUCGUGAAUGAGAUGGCAGAUGAUACCCGCUUCACCAAGUUCACUCAUCGACUCCAUCGAGAGAUGAGAGCUGUCUUUGGCGAUGGCUUAUUCUCUGCCGAAUCGACGGAUAAAGCAUGGUGGAAGGCUCAUCGUUUACUUGUUCCCGCAUUUGGACCUGUCGGACUUCGCAAGAUGUUUGAUGAUAUGCAGGAUAUCUCUGCGCAGCUGGUUCUAAAAUGGGAUAGAUUCGGCCCGGAACAAGAGAUCGAGUUGAUUGACGACAUGUCGCGGCUAACGUUUGAUACGAUCGGUCUUUGUGCCUUUGGUUACCGCUUCAACGAAUUCUACACGGAGGGGCCACAUCCAUUUAUGAGACAACUGAAAGAAUCAAUCGUGGAGUCAGGAAAGCGCGCUAAUCGCCCGGACUUAAUGAACCAGCUCUACUUCCGCCGAGAUGAGCAGCAUCGGCAGGAGAACAUUGUUAAAAUGAGGGAACUCUGCCGGCAAAUCAUCCAGGAGCGACUUGAAAAUCCCAAACCUGAGGCCAAUGACUUGCUCAACGUGAUGCUGCACGGCGUUGAUCAGGAGACUGGUGAGAAGCUUGGGUUAGAAAAUGUCGUCUUCCAGAUUCCCACGCUCCUUGGUGGCGGUUACGAGACGACAAGCUCCACGCUCUGCUUCAUCUAUUACUUCCUCUGCAACAAUCCCGAUAAACUGGAUAAGGCUCGAGAUGAAGUGGAUCAAAUUGUUGGAGACAAAGUCCUCAGUUACGACAUGCUUCGGAAGUUGAGAUAUCUCGACGCAGUUAUGAAGGAGUCGCUACGCUUGCAGCACCCUGUCAGCCUGUUAACCAGGUUCGCCACACGAGACACUGUCAUUGGAGGCAAGUAUCUCAUCAAUAAAGGGCAGACAGUGUCUGGAAUCUGGCGUCAUUUCCACCGCGACCCCGAGGUAUGGGGAGCGGAUGCCGAUGAAUUUCGACCCGAACGCAUGCUGGAUGUGAAUUUCUCGAAAUUACCCACCAAUGCUUGGAAGCCCUUUGGCGACGGCUUGCGUGCGUGCAUCGGUAGGGGUUUUGCGGAACAAGAGAUCUUGAUUAACCUGGCCAUGGUCCUGCAAAAGUUCGACAUUGAAAAGGUCAAUCCGGAAUACGAACUUGAUCUGACAGGUCAAAUGGGGGUCAAGCCAGUGAAUUUCAAGAUCCGUGUCCGUCGUCGCUCACACCGAUCCCUAACGGACGGCAUACCUGGAGGCGUCGCGGCUCAAGAAUCUGCAGAGACGUAUCAGACCAAGAAGCGACAACAGGAGACCGCGCCCAGACCACCUAAAGAGACGAAGGCCGUAUCAAUCUUUUUCGGGGGCAAUCAAGGCACUUCGGAGAGCCUGGUGCAGGGGCUCUCCAAGGUUGCUCCCCAAUUUGGCCUCGAACUCGAUAUUCAAGAGCUCGACGCGGCAACGGAAGGUCUGCCGACAGAUAAGCCCAGCAUUAUCGUCACGCCAUCAUACGAGGGCAGACCGCCGGACAAUGCAAAGAAAUUUGUCUCCUGGAUCGAAAACCUUGUUUCGAAAGGACAAACGUUGCCAGGAAAGCCGAAGUUCGCCGUCUUUGGCGUGGGGAACAGCGACUGGGUACAUACUUUCCACCGUAUCCCAAUUUUGAUCGACGCAUCUCUGGAGAAGCUGGGUGCCGAACGCAUCAUGGAAGCUGGCUUUGCGAAUGUGAAACGCGACCUCUUUGGGCCGUGGGAGGCAUGGAGCCAGAGCCUGUGUAUGCUGCUGUCGGGCAUAACGCUGCAAGACCAGUCAACUCAGGUUGGCGUUGACGUGCACAUCGAAGACGGCAAGUCGAAUACAUUCUUUCAGCUGACGGGCGGCGAGGAAAUGAUUACAGGCGUCAUCGCAACCAACUUUGAGCUCGCGGGCGCUUCCGAUGGCCCUGCCAAACGACAUACUGAAAUCAGACUUCCUGCGAGCUGUGGGUACCGAUCGGGGGAUUAUCUGACCAUCCAGGGUCAAAAUUCAGAUGAAGCGGUGGCCCGAGUCAUGAAGCGAUUUUCCCUCAUGGCCGGAAGUGUGAUGAGUGUCCGGUCAAACAAAGAGUUCCUCCCUACCAAACCGGUCGCAGUGGAGCACUUUCUUCGGAGUAGAGUCGAGCUUGCUGCACCUAUCAGCAGAAGACAGCUCGAGAUACUGGCCUCGUUUGCUCAAGAAGACAGCGCCGAACAUACUCAGCUAACAACAAUGCAUGAAGACGUGUGUUACCAGCGACUUUUAGACCAACGAUACUCCAUCAUUGAUGUCCUCGAGGAGGUUCCACAGCUUCCUUUGACUUUUGGGGUCUAUAUUGACCUGCUUCUCCCCUUGGCACCUCGAGUGUUCUCCAUUUCAUCCUCCCCUUUCGAAACAGCAAAGCGAUCUUCGAAAGACUCCGUCAUCGCAAGCAUCACAUUCGAUGUCUUCGACUCUGAAGCCAUGAGUGGCCACGGCACAUUUCAUGGAGUAGCGAGCUCCUACCUCGCCGGCUGCGUACCGGGAGACUCGAUCCUGUGUUCCAUUCGACCAACGAAAGUGCCCUUCCAGCUCCCUUCGACGCCGGAAACGCCUAUCAUCAUGGUUGCCGCAGGGACAGGCAUUGCGCCUAUGCGUGCCUUUUGUCAAGAGCGAGCAGCUAUCCAUUUUGCAGGUCAAAAACUCGGCCCUGCCCUACUCUUCUUUGGCUGCAGACACCCGGAGAAGGACUACCUGUACCGGUCCGAAUUUGAAAAGUGGGAGAAGGAGGGUAUUGUCGAAGUUGUGCCUUGCUUUUCACGUCCUGACGACGGGAGCAAGGGACGAUAUGUCCCAGACGCGCUGUGGGAUCAGCGGGAACGGGCGUGGGAGAUGUUUGAGGAUGGGGCACGCAUCUACACCUGCGGACGCGCAGGCAGACUGGGCCGAAGCGCUGCGUCAGCGUGGAGGCGAAUCUGGACGGAGAAGACGGGCAAUAGUGAGACGGAAGCACUGGAGUGGUUGGAUUCGGUGAAACAUGAUAGAUAUAUCAGUGACAUCUACUGA